ACUAGCCCCUUAUAUCAACAAUCAUUAUGGCUUGGCUGAGGAUGAAACGUGAGCUGGAUUUUGAACUUUGGCGGUGAUGUCGUGUGUUGUCAUGCUUGUUGCUGCAGUCAUUUCAGUUCCUGUGAUCGCACUGAUCAUAAACAGGGCGAGGAAACUCAGAAAACCCCAAAACAAGAAAGUGAUCUCAGUGUUUACAAGGUAUCCCAGCCCCGGGGUGACGAAGACUCGUCUAAUACCGUGUCUGGGAGAGGAAGCUGCGGCAUAUGCACAGCGUAGAAUGACGGAACACAUUUUGGAACGGAUAAGGGCAUACUGUAACAAGCGCAGAGACACGGAUCUCGCUGUAUGGUACAACGGCUCUUCUGAGGACAAGAUGAGAUUUUGGCUGACUCCUAAAGUAGGGGGAUAUAACUUUUUGUACUUCAACCAACAGCCACCAGGUGGCCUCGGAGAAAAGUUAAGGGAGGCAACUCUGUCUGGAUUCAGAGGAAACCGAGAGUAUGUGGUCAUUGUAGGCUCUGAUAUUCCCGGACUUACAUCUGAUGUGAUGGAGGAAGCAUUUGAGACUUUGGAGGGCGGGGCGGACAUGGUACUGGGCCAGGCUGAGGAUGGGGGAUACUAUUUAGUGGGCUUCUCCAAAAAAGCUGCCCAUAAAAUAGGUGAAGUGUUUGAGGGAAUGGACUGGGGGACAGACCAAGUCUUCGUGCAGCAGUGUGAGAAAGCGAAACAGUUGGACCUCAAUCUUUUGAUUCUGGACACAAAGCUCUCUGAUGUGGAUACAAAAGAAGACCUGCCUGUUUUAGAGAACGCUCUACGACUCAGCCGCCGCGAGCUAACAGACAGGAACUGGAGUGUUAUUAUACCCACGAUGAACGAGGAGGAUACAAUAGCUGACACGCUGCAAACUGUGUACAAGAACUGCAGCAGCGAGACAAAGAUUCAGGAGAUAAUUGUCAGUGAUGGCGGAAGUAAAGACAACACUGUUCAAAAGGUCAAGGACUUCUCUCUCAAGGUCAACAUUCCUGUCAAGGUCAUUCACAGUCAGCCAGGACGGGGAUUCCAGCAGAAAUCUGCGGCAGAGGCAGCUACGGGUGACUUCCUGUUGUUCCUUCACAGCGAUACUCGCCUACCACGCAACUUUGAUAUUUCUGCGGAGUCAUGUCUCAAAACACCAGGGAAUGUAGCGGGGUCCUUUACUUGGAGUGUGGAUACUCAGAGUGAUGACAGCUGGUUUUUCAAACUUCAGAUGAAAAUCGUGACAUACUUCACCAACAAACGGAUACAGAUGUUUGAGUAUCCAUUUGGAGACAAUGCUAUAUUCACCAGUCGCCAUGUUUACGAGAAGAUCGGAGGAAUUAAGGAAGUGUAUCUGUUGGAGGAUGUUCUGAUGGUAGAAGAACUAUGGAAGGUGGGCCACGUAGGAAUAGCCCAAGGUGAGCCGGCUGUUACCAGCGCUCGUCGUUGGAGAAAAGGGGGUGCCUUCAGGAUCUCAGGAUUGAACCGCAUAAUUCUGACAGCCCAUUACCUUGGUGUCUCCACGGAAACGCUUGCUCUGUGGUAUUAUGGAGACAAACUUCGAUCUGUCAUGGCUGCUAACAAAAAGAAAUCCUGAAAGAGGGGUGACCUAGGGAACAGGAUGACCUAGAAGAGAAAAUGACCUUGGAGAGAGUUUUAUACCAGUGGAUCAAGCAAAAUGGGAAUUACCCAGAAUUUAUAAAAAAAAAAAUUAUUGUACAGACUGAUUUGUGUUCCUACAGAAAAUGUGUCAAUCACUUUCACAAGAAAGUGUUUUUUCCUGUAGAAAUACUUGAUUAUGUUAUUUAACAUUAUACAUAUAUUAACAGUGCGGGUUAGAUAUGAAGCUUUAUUCAACCAAGGAAAACAGCCUACCAAGGCAAUGCGCCCAAGGUUCCAAUGCUUAAAGCAUUCAAGCAGAUCAACAGACAUUUGCAAUAACAAGUGAAUUUUAGACUGUGAUAUCCUGAUUUAACAAUGACAUUCAACUUAACAUUUAGUCUUUCUGGUUUUAUUGUGUUCAGCAUUAAGGGGGUUCCGCAGGACACAUGGAUAGUGCUACAAGUGGAGGGGUUCCGCAGGACACGUGGAUAGUGCUACAAGUAGAGGGGUUCCGCAGGACACAUGGAUAGUGCUACAAGUAGAGGGGUUCUGCAGGACACAUAGAUAAUGCUACAAGUAGAGGGGUUCCGCAGGACACAUGGAUUCGUUAAAAUUGCACUUUCAAAAUCUUUCUUCUUCUUUAAGAACAAAAAUGUUACUUCAUAGAUCAUGUGACUUUGUUGUCUUGGUGAUUAACAAUGAAAAUUGUUAAAAAAUGAUAAAUACACAAUAUGAAAAUGAA